AUGAGAAUUUCUAGAAAGUUAUCAAAAAAUCACCUGCUCAACUCGAAUUGGAAAGUCAUUGGGGUUUCGGAAAUACUUGCUCCAGUCCACGACUUGAUUAUCAAUGACGAGCAGCACUUUGGCAUCUGGUGGCAUCGCCGGUGGCCCACGACUCCGAUCGUACUGCAGUGA